GUAAUUCACAAAGAUAUUAAGCCGGGUAAUUUGCUUGUUACUUUGGAUGGAACGCUGAAAAUUAGCGAUUUCGGAGUGGCUGAAAUGCUGGACAUGUUUCAAGCGGACGACUGGUGCACCAUUGUACAAGGAACGCCAAAAUUCCAGCCACCUGAAAUUGUAUCCGGUACUUCCGAGCAUUAUCGUGGUCGAAAGGUGGAUAUUUGGGCCUGUGGGGUCACGCUAUACAACUUGGUGAGCGGUGAGUAUCCCUUUGAGGGCGAUGUCAUUAUGCGUCUCUUCGACAAUAUUGCUAAUCAGCCGUUACGGAUGCCGCGCGGCGUGCAGUUGUCGAAGCCGUUAGAGUAUUUGCUUGGCGCAAUGUUGAAAAAAGACCCGGAAAAACGGAUGAACAUGCAUGAUAUUCGGCGAUGCGAGUGGUAUACACAGAAGAUAGAAGCUGAUGAAUCGCGUCGUGUUCCGGUGUCGGUUUGCAACAAUAUGCCGGCCCAUCGCCCACUAAGUGUAUAUGUACAGCUCGAGCAGCUUUACGGUAUAGCGCUUGAUGGCGACAGCUGUCGCGAUGGUUCUGCAGACAAUUCUGGACCCGUAAUUGCCAUGGACGUCGAACCAUCGUUGCCUCCUGAAUAUCGGCAUCUCAGUGAACCACUAAACGAGACCAAACGAAAUCGAAGCAUGUUAGAUGGUUGCUUCAUCCUGGAAGCCGGUUCGAAACGUUUAUACAGUUCGGAUAAGGCGCAGCAGAGCUCAAUCGAAUGUGCACAGAAUGUUUCCACUGGGACAGAAUGUAUGGAUAAAGCAGUGUCAGUUAGAUUGUCUCAGAUCUGUGCGGUCCGGAUCAUCAGUGACUGA